AUGUCUGGUGGAGACGGCAUCCCAACUUUCAAGCUUGUCCUUGUCGGAGAUGGAGGAACCGGAAAAACAACCUUCGUUAAACGUCAUUUAACUGGAGAGUUCGAGAAAAAGUAUGUCGCUACUCUCGGAGUCGAAGUUCACCCGCUCGUCUUCCACACCAACCGUGGACAAAUUCGUUUCAAUGUGUGGGAUACCGCUGGACAAGAGAAGUUCGGUGGUCUUCGCGACGGAUAUUACAUCCAAGGACAAUGUGCUAUCAUCAUGUUCGACGUUACCGCUCGUGUCACCUACAAAAAUGUACCAAACUGGCACCGCGACUUGGCGAGAGUAUGCGAGAACAUUCCAAUCGUUCUCUGCGGAAACAAGGUCGAUGUCAAGGACCGCAAAGUCAAAGCCAAGACUAUCACUUUCCAUCGAAAGAAGAACCUCCAAUACUAUGACAUUUCUGCAAAGUCUAACUACAACUUCGAGAAGCCAUUCCUCUGGCUCGCUAGAAAGUUGCUCGGAGAUCCAAACCUCGAGUUUGUCGCCAUGCCAGCUUUGGCUCCACCAGAGGUUCAAAUGGACCCAGCCAUGAUUGCCGAAUACGAGAAGGAUCUGGACAAUGCCGCAAAGGCCGAUCUUCCGGAUGACGACGAUGAUCUUUAA